UUUAUCAUGCACGAGAAGCCGUCGAUUGAAGCAAACAAGGCACUUCCGGCACCUCUUUCCAACACCUCAACCUACAUUGAUUUCGAAGGGGCUGAUGACCCCGAGCAUCCUCAGAAUUGGAGACUGUCUACGAAACUUUUCAAUUCAAUCCUAGUAUGCUCAGGAACCUUAAUUGUCUCCUUAACAAGCGCCAUAUUUGCACCAGGAAUCGACGAAGCAAGCAAAGAUUUCGGGGUGGGAACGGUGGUCGGAACACUGGGAACAACCCUCUACGUCCUUGGCUUUGCAUCAGGCCCCCUAAUCUGGGCACCUGCAUCAGAGCUACGGGGAAGGAAAUGGCCUCUGACCAUUGGAAUGUUAGGCGGUGGAAUCUUCACUAUUGCAUCAGCAGUGGCCAAAAAUAUCCAGACCUUGGUCAUAACCCGUUUCUUCGCUGGCAUGUUUGGCGCAAGCCAACUGACUGUUGUCCCCGGUGUACUGGCUGACCUAUACAGCAAUGCGACUCGUGGUGCUGCUAUUUCGCUAUAUGCUCUGACUGUGUUUGUAGGGCCGUUUAUGGCCCCUUUUGUGGGUGGCUUCAUUGCGUCAAGUUAUCUUGGCUGGCGAUGGACGCUUUACAUCCCGGCGAUUUUUAGUCUGGUCAAUGGGCUAUUGAGUGUUUUCUUCUUGGAUGAGACAUAUCCGGCUUGUAUUCUCGUGGCGAAGGCUGUUGCUAUUCGCAAAGAGUCGCGAUAUUCGAAUAUUCGCGCCAGACAUGAGGAUGUCGAGGUCAGCAUCGCUGAUCUCGUGGAGAAAUACUUCACACGUCCAUUGACGUUGCUAUUCACGGAGCCUAUUAUUCUCGUCGUGUCUGUUUACAUGUCCUUCAUCUACGGCCUUGUCUAUGCGCUUCUUGAGGCAUACCCCUUCGUCUUCGAGCAUGUAUACGGAAUGACGCCUGCCUUUGCUGGUCUAAUGUUUAUUGGCCUCAUUAUCGGCGUCGUGCUCGCGUGUGCCUUCAUUCUUUAUGGGCAGUUGGCCUAUGCAAGGAAAUUGGCAGAGAAUAAGGGCGUGGCAGUGCCCGAGUGGCGCCUUGCUCCAACCCUCCUUGGAGCGCCUGUUUUCACAAUAGGUCUAUUUUGGUUUGGUUGGACGGGGUUCACCCCUCAGAUUCACUGGGCUGCACCUGCCGCGGCCGGGAUAUUCAUCGGAUUUGGGGUGUUAUGCAUUUUCCUUCCUUGUUUCAACUAUCUCGUCGAUGCAUACUUGCCAAUCGCUGCUUCAGCUGUUGCUGCCAAUAUCAUUCUUCGGUCAGCAGUAGCUGCGGGAUUUCCUUUAUUCUCAAGGCAGAUGUUUCAGAAUAUGGGAAUUCAAUGGGCCGGCACAUUGCUUGGAUGUUUAGCUGCAAUAAUGAUCCCCAUUCCGAUCAUAUUCAGGGCUUAUGGUCCUUGGCUACGAGGGAAAAGCAAAGUAUUUCCCUAA